AUGGCUCUCGAGGUCUCGCCUCCGCCUUCGCGAAGACUGGCGGAAUCCGAAGAGUUUGUCGCAAGCCCAGACAACGCUGACUCCGCAGGAAAAACACUGUCAUUUCGAACGGCGAAACCCAGCAUUCAGCAGGACUUCUACGCGGUCUUCGUGAACGGAGCAAAGACCUUGUACACAGACAAGGCGAAGUUGGAGAAGCAUCUCGCAGAGUGUCCCGAUGCCGAGUGGCAAAAGUUCGAUAAUAUCAAGGACGCUCUCGUAAGUGUUCGGCUGACUCAGGUCCAGUCAACUGACGCCAAGGCUUGGACCGGUGGCGGAGGCGCAGAAGCCGCUGGCGAUAAUACCACCUCUGGCCGGGUCAUCGAGACCUCCGCCGAGAAGGGACUGGAACGUGCUAGCAACGAUCCCUCGGAGGGCACUGAACAAGCGGAGAUCGGCGAAGCCGAGAUUAGUGAUCUGGGCGGCCGAGUGUCGCCUGGUAGUUCGAGCAGUGGGAGUACCGCAGACCGGCUCAGCCCUCUCAGUGACGAUCGGCCGCUCAGCAGCGGCCUGAGCGUCGAUUUGGACAACGAACCAGUUGAGGAGGAGAUUGUCAAACCGGCUCCAGCUGAGAACCAGGAUGAGAAGGCAGUCGAGUCGAGGGUGGAUCAGGCGGCUGGAUCUGGCUCAGCGAAGUCCGCGGUUCAGCCGCCCUCAGAACUUGCAUCCGCAGAGGACAUUGAGGAGCCCGAGCCAUCCAGCCCCCUGCUGUCCACCUUGCAACAUGAGAUCGAGUGGUGUCGAAGCUAUCCAGCGACCAACAGCAACUGGGUACCGGUGCGCUUUAGCUUUGAUGGGAGGAUUGUGUCUCCACGAUGA